AUGCCGCCACGAGUUAGAGGUAGAGGUAGAGGAGGAAAGGCGCCGAUUUUAACGAGAAAUGAUCACGAAGCUGGGCCAUCUCACAGGCGCACACCAUCCGCGUCAAUCGGAUCGAGUCCUCAUGAAGAUUGGAGGACCUACCUAGAGCAUGCGAGACACUUUGUCUCGCUUAGCUCCUCGCCAUCAUACCAUGAUUCAUUCGGACUCCUCCAGAACAAUGAGUCCGACCACUCGCACCACUCCUUCAUUCCAUUGCAGUGUUCGGGUUCUCACAGCGCCUUCCAGGACCCGACCCCAUACUUCCAGAGCCGGUUCAAUCCGGUAAACCAGGUGAAAGGACCAGAGGGUCCAAACCCUUUGGGACCAGUUGAUCAUUAUCCUGAGAUGCGGGAUAUAGAGUCGGAUGAAGAUCCUGAUCCUGAGAUGCCACCGAGUGGGACGCCCACACAUCCCAUCGAGAUUUCUGACGGAUCAUCUUUUCAUGGUUUGCCAUACAGAGGUCCAGACAGUUUUGCUGAAAGGUGGGCCACAUACAACUGGGAGUACACUCCUCCUUUCAACCCACAACAUCAACAGCAGCAGGAUCCCUCUGAGGAUUCGUGUUUCCAGGCAGUCACGCCACCGCCACCACCACCGCCAGAACAGCAACCGCCUCCAAAACCACCAAGGCGCAGAAGAUCUGGUGCACGGAUGUCCGUGCGAGGGGGUUUCCACUUCAGCACCCCCCAACACUCAAGCAACAGCCACUACCCGCCGUUGUACGAAGACCCUCAAAUGGGUGGGCCUUCGAACCCAGUUUCUAAAGUCGACUGUGCGCCAGUCGAACCACACCACAAAUGGGUUAUGAUAACAUGA